GGCGGAGCCGCAGCCUCGGCCCGGCCCCGCAACAGCGCCCCGCGUCCCUAGCAACAGCCGCCGCCUGCUGCCAGACAGCUGCCGACCAGCCGCCGGCUGCAGCGGGGCUCCCCUGGGCUCUCCCCCCGCUCGGCAGCCUCCGGACAGACGCAGCCAGGCAGGGGCUACAAACAAGCCCUGGUGGGGAUGCAGAAGAAGCCUCCUAGGAGAGUGGGGAUGGACAAUAUAUAGACUGCUAGUUGUACUUGAUGCCAAUCAUGUCUUCCGUCAGGAAUGUUCCCUAUGGGGCUGAUGCACAUACUGAGACUAUUGUAAAAAUCAUUGGGAGCAAGUAUGUCCGGUGCACUGUGGAAAAACCAACACUCAAGGCAAAGGAGGACACGAAAGUGGAAACUCAGUCUGCACUCCGGAAAUUGCCCACUUGUAAUACAAUACAGACACAUGGAAAUCCUCUGGGUCUCAAUAACCCUCUUUGUCAACAAAUCAGUUAUGACCUAGAUUAUGAAAGACGGAGCAGAGACAAACAGAAAGAACACGAGUCUAAACAAGCACAAACAAGCAACAGCAGAUUUCUGGAUGGUAAAGUUUUAAAACCACCAAAUAUUCAUUGUGCAUCUGUCCCAUCGGGAGAUCAGUCUUUGUCCUACAUUCAUGCCCUCCAAAAGCCAUCCCUUAGAGCUCGGUCUUUAAGACAACAUGUAGGACAUCACCAGCAGAUCAUAUGCCGAGGGCCAUCAGAGUCACCCGAGGAAGAGGAUUCUCUCCUGGCUCUUGUCAGAAAUGAACUCCGGCUGGGUCCUGUUAGGUUAGCCGGGUUCGAAAAGCUGCAGAGAGAGCUUAAGACUCUGGAUCCCAUCUCUGGAUUUCUUCCUCAGUCCCAGCUGAGCUCCCUCCUUCUGAAGCAUGAAGUCCCUCUACAAUUACCAACUGUCAAGCGCCUCUUUGAGAGGUUUUCUGAGGCAAAUGACUCUGAAUUGGUAAAUUCUGAAAAUCUGAUUCAGUUUCUAAGACUAGCUGCAGCAGUUGAAAUGCAGAAUAUCAAGACAUGUGAUCUGGGUCUUCAAGCAAAGAGUGUAACUUUAAAGGAUCAAAGCAAAAGCUCUCUGGCUCCUGAGGACCCAUUACAGAUCUUGAAGCAAAUAUUGGAGGAAUAUAAGGGGGAACUAGACAUGGAGAAACUGAGCCUGAGUUUUCAAAAAGAAGAUAAGUCUUUCUCCGGCCUUCUCUCUCUCUAUGAGAUUGAGACUGUUUGCCAGAAGCAUAGACUAACUUUAACUCCUUUAUUGCUGGAAGCUUUGCUCAACAACCAUGAUUUGUGCAAACAAGGCAAAAUACAGUGGAAGAAGUUUGUGGAGUUGCUCAAGAAAGCUCAUUCUGAUGCGAUUCCUAAUUUGCCUGUUCCUGUGGGGGAAGUCAAAGAGGAAAUCAGCGAUGAUGUGGCUGCCCAUCUGGAAAACACCAAAGAGCAUGAAAUUCUUGCUUCCAAGACUUGGGCUCGAAACUAUCCCGCCACUGAAGGAAAAGAAAGACCAGCGAUCCAGUCUUUCUUCAGUCCGACUGACUCCAGUGACUCUGAAGAGCAGGAGGCCUGGAUAGACCGGUUCAGAAAACUAGAGAGAGCUCUUUAUUUGUGUGAUAUUAAAAACACAGGCAUGCUGGAAAAGGAAAAAGCAAAGCGUCUAAUCCACAACUACAACCUCAUCUAUGAUCUAUCCCUGAGUCCUCUGAAAAUUGAUCAAGCUUUCCGAAACUUCCGUUGUGGAGAAAACAUGCCAUUGCAGCCGGUGCUGCAGUAUUUAAAAGAGUUGUAACAAAUACUUACUAGACCAUUCUUACGAGUUCUGUUUUUCACCCAAUGUCAAAUUUCUCUCAGACUGAAUGUUGGUGAUGUCCUAAUUACUACAGCAUGUUAAUAACUCUCCAUACUCUAAAAAAGAGGAAGCAAAACCAGAAACAGCUGAAUCUUAUACCUGAGUGCUGGGUUUGAAAUAAAACUAAAUGGCCAUGAAGAGUCAGGGCUUUGGCUCUGAUACUUAGGCUAGGUCUACACUACCCGCCUGAAUCGGCGGGUAGAAAUCGAUCUCUCGGGGAUCGAAUUAUCGCGUCUCGUCGGGACGCCACAAUCGAUCCCCGAAUCGAUGCUCUUACUCCACCAGCGGAGGUGGGAGUAAGCGCCGUCGAUGGGAAGCCGCGGAGGUAAGUCCUCACAGUGGGGUAAGUCGGCUCCGAUAGGUCGAAUUCAGCUACGCUAUUCGUGUAGCUGAAUUUGCAUAUAUUAAAUCGACAGCCCCCCCCCCCCCCCCGUAGUGAAGACCUGCCCUUAGAGAUGAGCUCAAGCUUCAGAACUCAGAGACUGAUGUAGUUCUGGAUUUCUAAACCCAAAGCCUGAGAAUAUCUGGAUUGGAAUUCUGGCUCCGCUCAUUGUAAAGAUGGCAAUAUUUGGAUGAAGGGCUACAUCUGGAUUUUGAACACUGUCCAGGUGUUCAGUAAAAGCAGCAAAGAGUCCUGUGGCACCUUAUAGACUAACAGACGUAUUGGAGCAUGAGCUUUCGUGGGUGAAUACCCACUUCAUCAGGUGUUCAGUGAGUGUUCAAAUUUGGGCCCCAUCUCUGUUGAUUAUGGUGAUAAAACUGAUAGAUGAUUUCAGUGAGAUUUUAAAUCAAGAAAAUGGGAAAGUGGUCACUCUUAAGAACAUCCACCUGUUUGAAAGAUUCUACUGAUUCUAAAGGAAUUCCCCAUCUUAAUAACAGGGUCGCUCUCUAGAACCGGUAGACUCUUUCAAACCAGUGAGAUUUUUUAAGCACAUCUACUGUAGGUCAUUCAAGCAGGGCUAUAAACUAUAGUCUUCAUAUACUAACAUUGCGGAAAAUAGCCCAAAACUGUAACCCUGAAGACUCACCCAAGUGCCUUCAUGAUUUCAUUGUCCUUAGCUUCCUCUUCUGCAACCCCAACCCUUCUCCCUAAUGAUGUCUCCUGUUCUUGUUCUUGUCUUUACUCUAGGAACAAAUUCUGAAAACCUUACUUAGCAUGGGCCUCAAUUUGGGAAAACCUUUAAGUACAUGAUGUAAACUUUAAGCCCAGGCUUAAGUCCCAUUCACUUCAAUGGGACUUACACACAUGCUGAAAGUUAAGCGUGUGCUUAAGUGCCCAUCCCAAAGAAGGAUGUUUUACAGGGUCAGGUCAGCGCAUCUUGCACGAGUAGUCAGUGAAAUGAGUGGGAUACUGUACUUUUGGGAGUAUGCAUCAUACUUGGUAGUGAGCGUCUGCAGCAUCAUGUCCAUAGAUUGUAAACUCUUUGGGGUGGGGAAUCUGCAGAGCAUCUUACACAUCUAUGUAAGAUGCUAUAUAGAUAGUAAUAAUAAUACGUUGCAUAGCUGCUGUUCUGCUUAAUUCAUAACAUGGUGGUGAAGUGUGUGAUGUUUCCUAGGGCAGGACCAGCAGUAACAUUCUUUAUCUGCAUAAAGUUUAACAUGUGUCAUUAGUAGGGUGUGACGUUUACAUUUAAGAUUAAAGGAUGGGAUUUUCAAAGAUGUUUAGGGGAGUUAAGUGCCCAACUCUCAUUCAAUUCCAAUAGGAUUUUGAACUUCUUAGCCUAAAAGCUUCUGUGUCAGAACUGAACGAAAUGAAGUUACUAAUAUUGAACUUACUUGGGAUGCACAAUAUAUUGUAGAGUCUGAUAUCCAGUGUUUUAAAGCCGUGUUAGACCCUGAAUUUACAAUUGUACCUAUAACUUUCUUCCUGCUUUUCUUUUAAAACACAGAUAUUCUUGUCCCACGGGGAGUUUGUAUGAAAACGUGCAUGUUCUGUUGUGCAGUCAUGUGAUGUUCUUAUCUAAGAAAUAGGUUUUUUUAAAACCUUAUGCUUGA